CAACUGUCAAAUCAGAAAACAGCUGAUAGAGUUUUUUUGAUUCUGCCAUUUGAUUUGGUUAUUUUAUAUUUCAUAACAACACAAAAAUUCUUCCAGCCUCCAAUAACGAACAAAUUCAAGUCUUAUAAUGUUUAGGAAAAGUUUUUUAAAAAUUGCAAAUGUGUUCACACAAAGAUCGUUUGCUUUAAAACGGGGACCCAUUGGAACAGAAAUCACAGAUAUCUUAACAAAAAACUUAGCACCAUUGCAUCUUGAGGUUAUAGAUAAUUCAAAUGGUGCGGAAUCGCAUUUUAGAGUACUUAUUGUAUCGGAGAAAUUUAAUAAUCUUCCUUUAGUUAAAUGCCACCGCUUGGUCACGGAUUUGGUGAAACCGAAAAUUGAUAGUGGGGCAGUUCAUGCGUUUUCUGUUGAAACAUUAACACCAAAUAAAUGGAAGCCCACGAAAGAAUAAUGAAAAUAAAUGACAUAGUACAAAGAGUUCCAUACGCCGCAUACUUACGACUUUUAAUAUCUUUAAGUUUUUAAUUACUUUGUUUGUAUUCUCUUAAAGAGAGAUUUAAUAAGAUGCUGGACAAAGAUUGA